AUGCGAACCAAUUACUCCACCACCAUGCAACCAUGUCCUCCUGGGCCGCCAGGUGAACCUGGUCCAGAAGGACAAAUGGGGGAAAUGGGACCAUCCGGAGAAUCAGGAGAGCCGGGACCCGAUGGACCAGUGGGAAAAGAGGGUACGAAAGGUGAGGAAGGUGAACGAGGUCCGGCGGGACCUCCUGGACCGCCUGUUCAGAGUAGACAAGAAAUGGCACACUGA